GCAUCACUGCCCCCAUUAAUUAUUGUUAUUAUUUAUGUUUUUAACGAUGUCAUGAGUGAAAGACAAAAGUAUAACCAUCGUUUCUCUUUCAUUUGGUCAAUGAUCAUCAAACAAAAUCCAUAUCUCUCAACCCUUGUCUAAACUGAGUUUUUCUUCAAGCUAAGGAUUCAUAUAUGACACUUGAAGAAUCAGCAGAACCAAAUCCAUCCCAAGAUCAUAUCUUGGAUUGGCUUGAGGAUUCUGCAUCAUUACUUCCAUCUUUCUUGGAUGAUCCGUACAGCCCAGGCGACAUCAGUGGCUAUGAAUGGUGGGAUCCCAAUCAUGAUUUCGGUCAAGAUCUUAUUACCAUAGGUGCUGCUGCAGCUUCUAUUAAUAGUCCUGCCAUUGCAGCUGCUGUGAGUAAUGUCGAUGCCGGUCUCGUACAGUCCGAUUCUGCCGUUGUUAAUCCUCCCGUGCCAUUGAGUUCGUCCAAGCGAAGGAGACCCACUGAUAGCAUCGUUCCGAGGAUGUCGAAGAAGAGCUCGAAUGGUAAGAACGAUGAAAACGAAGACGGUAAAGCAGGGGUUGAAGAGGUUGUGGGGAAUAAGAGGUCAGCUGGAAAUAAGAGAAACAAGUCUUCAGGGAAUAACGGUAAUAACAAGGAAGGAAGAUGGGCUGAACAGUUGUUGAACCCUUGUGCAACAGCGAUAACCACCGGUAACCUCACGCGUGUUCAGCAUCUAUUGUAUGUUCUCAACGAGCUUGCCUCAUCGACCGGAGAUGCCAACCACCGGCUUGCGGAUCAUGGCCUACGAGCCUUGACGCACCACUUAUCGUCAUCCUCUGCCUCGACUGCUCCUGUUACUUUCGCUUCCACUGAGCCGAAGUUCUUUCAACGAUCUUUACUCAAGUUCUAUGAGGUUAGUCCUUGGUUUGCAUUCCCUAAUACCAUAGCCAACGCUUCCAUACUCCAAAUUCUUGCUCAAGAGCCUGAUAAGCCCCGUAAUCUUCAUAUCCUGGACAUCGGUGUAUCUCAUGGUGUUCAAUGGCCGACACUCCUUGAGGCGCUGUCUCGCCGUCCCGGAGGUCCCCCACCUGUGGUUCGCAUCACCGUUGUGGCGGCCACAGCUGAAAAUAAUCAAAUCACGGACACCCCUUUUUCUAUUGGUCCACCCGGCCACGAUUUCUAUUCCCGACUUCCCGGUUUCGCCAAGUCCAUGAACAUCAAUUUGCAGAUAAAUCGACUCGAGAACCACCCAAUACAACACCUGAAUGCACAAAUUAUCAACAACUCACAUGGAGAGACCUUGAUAGUUUGCGCACAGUUCAGACUUCAUCAUCUUAACCACAACGGGCCUGAUCAAAGAACCGAGUUCUUGAAAGUACUACGAAGUUUAGAACCAAAAGGGGUGAUUCUAAGCGAGAACAACAUGGAUUGCAGCUGCAGCAGCUGCGGAGAUUUCGCAACGGGAUUCUCACGGAGAGUAGAGUACGUAUGGAAGUUUUUGGACUCAACAAGCUCAGCAUUUAAAGGACGAGAGAGCGAAGAAAGAAGAGUAAUGGAAGGAGAAGCAGCAAAGGCAUUAACAAACCAAGGAGAGAUGAACGAAGGGAAAGAGAAAUGGUACGAGAGGAUGCAAGGCGUGGGGUUUAGGGCAGAAGUGUUUGGAGAGGACGCCAUUGACGGGGCUCGAGCAUUGCUGAGGAAGUAUGACAGUAACUGGGAGAUGAUAGUUGAAGAAAAAGAGGGUUGUGUUGGAUUGUGGUGGAAAGGGCAGCCUGUAUCAUUUUGUUCAUUGUGGAAGCUAGAUGUCAAGGUGGAGGAAAGUUAAAAAAAACAAAAACAGUUCUCGAUACUGCUUUAUUUUGUUUUUGUUUUUGCUUUUUCAUUUUUCUCCAUAAUCUCUAUGUAAAUUCUUAAAAAGUAUAAAACUAUGUGUGAAGGAUGGUUUGCAGUCA